AUGAAUCCACAUCUCAAUCUCAAUCUCAUGGCCGCCGUCGACAUGUCGAAUGAUAAUACCAAUAAUCGCCUCGCUUAUACCAAAGACUUCUUCUCCUCUCCCGCCCUUUCCCUUACCCUCGCUGGAAUUUUCCAUCGUGGCGAGAAGACGGAUGUUGAGAUGGAGGAGGUGGAUGACAGCGUAGGACGGCGAGAUGAUGUUGCAGAGAUUAGCAGCGAGAACUCAGGACUAGUAAGAUCCGACGAAGAUUUUGAGGGUGGAGGAGUGCAUGAAGAAGAUGAAGAUGGGGAUCAAGGAUGUCACGUGAAGAAAAGGAAGAAAUAUCAUCGGCAUACCGCCGAGCAGAUCCGAGAAAUGGAGGCGCUGUUUAAAGAGUCACCGCACCCAGAUGAGAAGCAAAGGCAGCAGCUGAGCAAGCGAUUAGGCCUUUCUCCGAGGCAGGUCAAGUUUUGGUUCCAAAAUCGUCGAACCCAAAUCAAAGCUAUUCAAGAGCGCCAUGAAAAUGCAUUGUUAAAAUCUGAGAUGGACAAACUCCGAGAGGAGAAUAAAGCCAUGAGAAAGAUUGCCAAGAAUAAAGCUGGUUGCCCGAACUGUGGCGCCACAGAUGUUGGCAGCGGAGACCACACCGCAUUGACGACUACAGAGCAACUGCGUAUUAAGAAUGCCAAACUCAAAGCUGAGGUUGAAAGACUACGAGCCGCGCUGGGGAAAUACCCAGCAGCAGCUGCCUCUCCUUCAUACUCAACGGGAAAUGAACAAGAGAACAGAAGUUGCUUAGAUUUUUACACUGGAAUUUUCGGGCUGGAGAAGUCAAGGAUCAUGGACAAGGUUAAUCAAGCACUGGAAGAGCUCAAAACAAUGGCUACCGCGCCUGAACCACUUUGGCACCGGAGUGUCGAGACCGGAAGAGAAAUAUUAAACUACGAUGAGUACUUGAAAACAUUCCAUCUCACGAACUCAAGCAACAAUUGGUUAAAGAGACACAUCGAAGCCUCUCGAGAGACCACGGUUGUCUUCAUGGAGCCCUCGCGACUGGUUCAAAGCUUCAUGGACGAGAAUCAAUGGAAGGAGAUGUUUCCUUUCAUGAUCUCAAAAGCCGCUACAGUUGAUGUUAUUUGUAAUGGAGAAGUUGCCUAUUGGAAUGGCGCAGUGCAAUUGAUGUUUGCAGAGGUGCAGAUGCUUACACCAUUGGUGCCCACCAGAGAAAUGUAUUUCGUCCGCCAUUGCAAGCAGCUCGAUGCUGAACGUUGGGCAAUCGUUGAUGUUUCAAUCGAAAACGUCGAAGAUAAUAAUAUGGAUGCAGCCUUGGUGAAAUGCAGAAAAUGCCCUUCUGGUUGCAUCAUUAAGGAUGAAUCUAAUGGGCAUUGCAAGGUAACAAUGGUGGAGCACUUGGAAUUGGAGAAAAGCACAGCAGUUCAUAACUUGUACCGCAGCAUAGUGAAUAAUGGGACUGCCUUCGGAGCAAGACAUUGGAUGGCCACACUCCAACUCCAAUGCGAGCGCCUAGCUUUCUCCAUGGCCACCAACAUUCCCAUCAAAGACUCCAUAGGAGUGGCAACACUGGCUGGAAGAAAAAGCACUUUAAAGUUGGCACAGAGAAUGAGUUGGAGCUUCUCCCAAGCAGUUGCAGCUUCAAGCUAUCAAACAUGGAGCAAAGUGGUGGGGAAAACUGGGGAAGAUAUUAGGGUUUGCUCGAGGAAGAAUCUGAGUGACCCUGGAGAACCCAUUGGGGUGAUUCUUUGUGCAGUUUCUUCUCUCUGGCUCCCUGUUUCUCCUCACCUUCUCUUCCAUUUCUUGAGAGACGAAGCUCGCAGAAAUGAGUGGGAUGCCAUGUUCGGUGGGGAAAAGGCUCAGUUGAUUGCAAACUUGGCUAAAGGACAAGAUAGAGGCAACGCAGUUACCAUUCAGACCAUUGGAGCAAAAGAGAGCAGCAGCGUAUGGAUCCUCCAAGACAGCUCCACAAACGCGUCGGAAUCCAUGGUGGUCUACUCCGGAGUAGACGUCGUCGGCAUCCAGUCGGUGAUCACCGGCUGCGACUCCGGCAGCGUCUCCAUCCUGCCGUCGGGGUUUUCCAUU